CAAUAAAGGGGGAAAAAACAGGCCCCGCUUACCCAGGCUGAGGUGGUAGUAAGGGACUUCAGACGCACUCAGUGCAAGUCCAGGGCCUGUGCCCUCCAUCACCUUUCUAACUGCCACCUACUGAGCACUGAGCACGUGCGGGGCAGGAGAAAUUUCCCUCAUUCAAUUCUGCCACCAUUCCUCCCUGGGAGUUUCUUGUUACCCCCGCCCCCCACCCCCCAAGUUCCCACUGAGGUCCUGAGCCACUGUGUCUGAGGCCACACGGCUGGUUAGUGAGAGACCCAGCAAUGCCCGUGCCCCGUGCCACAUGCAGGCCCAUGCUCUGUGCCCCCCAGGCCCGUGCCCUGCCCGCAGGCGCCUGUGAUGCCAGGCAGCUGAGGCCCCAUCAGACACUCUCCACAGUCCACCCAAACCUACCCUGGGUCCUUAGCUUCUCUCUGAAUCUCCUACUUCCCAGGAAACCUAACUGUUCAUUCCUGAGAAGAGAAUCUAGCUCAUCCCGUGGCGUUGACACCCAUCUGCCUGCCAACAGUGGCUCUCAGGGAAGCGGGCCCAACCCAGGCUUUCCAGCUACAGGUCAUGGAUGGAAAUGUCAUAACUGCGAAGAGAACAGCAGCCGUGUCUGCCAUCGCCACCAAGUUUUUGAAGCCACCCAGCAGUGAAGUGCUGUGCAUCCUGGGGGCUGGGGUCCAGGCCUACAGCCACUAUGAGGUCUUCACUGAGCAGUUCUCCUUCAAGGAGGUGAGGAUAUGGAACCGCACUAAAGAAAAUGCCGAGAAGUUUGCAGACACAGUGGAGGGAGAGGUGCAGGUCUGUUCAUCCGUCCAGGAGGCUGUGACAGGUGCCGAUGUGAUCAUCACAGUCACCAUGGCAACAGAGCCCAUUUUGUUUGGCGAAUGGGUGAAGCCGGGGGCUCACAUCAAUGCCGUGGGAGCCAGCAGACCGGACUGGAGAGAGCUGGACGACCAGCUCCUGGCGGGCGCCGUGCUGUAUGUGGACUCCCGGGAGGCAGCCCUCAAGGAGUCUGGAGACGUGCUGCUGUCGGGGGCAGAGAUCUUCGCUGAGCUGGGAGAGGUGGUGGCGGGAGUGAAGCCAGCCCUCUGUGAGAAGACCACGGUGUUCAAGUCUCUGGGAAUGGCGGUGGAGGACGCGGUUGCGGCCAAAUUAGUGUAUGACUCCUGGUCGUCUGGUAAAUAGCGCGAAGCGUGGCCGCCGAGGCGGUGCUGCGACUCCAGGGGCCUUGCCUCCACUUGUCCUGUAAUUUCUAGAUCAAAUGAGGGAAGGAACCCCGUGCCCCGCGGGCUGUAGUGUUGUGCUCAUCCUGUCUUACCUUAAUUGGCGAGAUCCUCCUUGCGUUGUAGCUGAGGGGAGCUGGGUGGCGGGCCCGCGGUGCGGCUGCAGCAGCACCCCUUCCCCAGGCAUCCCACCGGCUCUUGUAUCUCCCGGAAAUAAAGCGAUUUCCUUUUCUGCA